AAUAUUACCCACCAGAAUUUGUCUAGACUAUAGUGACUAUUUAAUUUUUUUUUUUUUGAAUUUCGACUAUUUAAUUUACUGGAUGAAUGAAGUCAAAUUUCUGUUGCUCUUGCAAACUUGAAAUGCAGACCACAUUAUUUUCACCUUAUUCAAUUGCUACAAUCCUGUCUCAACAUAUAAAUUCCGGUGUAGUAAGAAAUAUCAAAUUUCAAGUGUUUGAAAUGAUGAUUUAGAGCGCCAUAGGAUGAUUAGGUUGAUUCAUGCGAAAUUUAUGACUCUAACACUGUCCCCUCGUAUCCUGCAUUGUCUCCCCACGUGUUGUACACUUCUCUCUGAAACCUCUGUUCGAUUCCAUUCCAUUUCUACGUACCCUCGUGACCCUCUUGUGUCAACUCUACUCGUUGCUCUGAAAUCUUCCUCUUCUCUCUACUGCUGCAGGGUCAUUCAUGCCCGAGUCAUCAAAUCUCUGGAUUACCGAGAUGGGUUCAUUGGUGAUCAGCUGGUAUCGUGUUAUCUCAACAUGGGUGCCACCCCAGAUGCACAGUUGCUGUUUGAUGAAAUGCCUAACAAGGAUUUUGUCUCUUGGAAUUCUUUAGUUUCUGGGUUUUCGAAAAGGGGAGACCUUGGCAAUUGUAUGAGUGUGUUUUCUGUGAUGAAGUCUGACUUGGAUUUGGAAUUGAAUGAACUUACUUUUAUAUCUGUUAUAUCAGCUUGUGCUUUGGCGAAAGCACGGGAAGAAGGUCAGUAUGUUCACUGUUGUGCAGUGAAAUUGGGCAUGGAGUUGCAGGUGAAGGUCGUUAACACUCUUAUUAAUAUGUAUGGAAAGUUUGGGUUUGUUGACUCUGCUUUCAAGCUGUUUUGGGCGAUGACAGAGCAGAAUAUGGUGUCAUGGAAUUCAAUGGUGGCUGUUUGUACCCAAAAUGGAAGGCCUAAUGAAGCAAUUAAUUAUUUUAGUAUGAUGAGGUUGAAUGGACUUUUUCCUGAUGAAGCCACAAUGGUGAGCUUGCUUCAAGCCUGUGAAACAUUGCAUUUGAGAAGAUUGGUUGAGGCAGUACAUGGUGUAAUCUUCACCUGUGGUCUUGAUGAAAAUAUAACAAUUGUAACCACCCUUUUGAACUUGUAUUCAAAGAUAGGGAGAUUGAAUGCUUCUUGCAAGGUUUUUGCAGAGAUAAGUAAGCCUGAUAAAGUGGCAUGCACCGCAAUGCUUUCAGGCUAUGCCAUGCAUGGGUGUGGUACAGAAGCUAUACAGUUCUUUGAAAGGACUAUAAGGGAAGGUAUGGAGCCUGAUCAUGUUACUUUUACUCACUUGUUAAGUGCUUGUAGCCAUUCAGGGCUUGUAGAUGAAGGAAAGCAUUACUUCCAAGUAAUGUCUGAUGUUUAUGGAGUUCAACCCCGAUUGGACCAUUAUUCGUGUAUGGUUGAUCUUCUAGGUCGUUGUGGUCUGCUCAAUGAUGCUAAAGAGCUGAUUAAGAACAUGCCAUUUGAGCCAAAUUCCGGAGUCUGGGGGGCCCUUCUAGGUGCUUCUAGGGUUUAUCAUAACAUCAGUAUCGGGAAGGAAGCUGCAGAGAAUUUGAUCGCAUUAGACCCGUCAGACCCUCGAAACUAUAUCAUGCUGUCCAACAUAUAUUCUGCUUCAGGCCUGUGGAGUGAUGCAGCAAAAGUGAGGGCUUUAAUGAAGACUAAAGUUCUUGCUAGAAAUCCCGGAUGCAGUUUUAUUGAGCAUGGGAAUAAAAUCCACCGAUUUGUGGUAGAUGAUUAUUCUCACCCUGAUUCAGACAAAAUACACAAAAAGCUGGAAGAGGUUAUGAGUAAAAUUCAAGAAUUUGGCUUUGUGUCUGAAACUGAAUCCAUUCUCCAUGAUGUUGCUGAGGAGAUUAAAACAAAUAUGGUCAACAAGCAUAGUGAGAAGAUAGCUCUUGCAUAUGGACUUUUGGUUAGUGCUGCUGAUAUGCCAUUAGUUAUAAUAAAAAAUCUCAGAAUAUGUCGUGAUUGCCACAAAACUGCAAAAUUUGUCUCCCUAAUAGAGAAGCGUACCAUCAUUAUCCGAGAUGCAAAGCGAUUUCACCACUUUUCAGAUGGGUUAUGUUCUUGUGGCGAUUACUGGUAGUGAUCUGUUCUCUAAAGAAGUUUGGCACUGCACAAGCUACACGAUGUCAUUGAUCAUAAAUCGUAAUUCUAAUUCCGUGAAGCAGGAUAAAGAUAAGAAUGACUUUUAUGGUCUUACAAAUAAACAGAUUACUACAGAAGGUGGACUUCUUGGAAUUGCAUGAGCUCUUAUUCAUAUAGUUACUUCAGAAAGUGGGAAACUAAGAAAUAUGCUGGAAGGCAAUUAGGUCCUUUUCAGUGAUCUUUGUCUUGGUUUCUGGUGAAGGAGCACACAUGGAGGGAAAAGGAAAAGGAUUUUUGAACGGUGCCUUGCUCCUUAGCUCAGUGUGGAAUGUUUACAUGCACAGUAAUGCUAAAUGCACCCUUUCUGUUGAGUUUUUUACAAUGGAUAUAUAAUGUGGCAGAGUUUUGCUGGAUGACUCUGGAAAUAAGCAGAUUAACACCUGCAAUGGCUUCUAUUGUGAUCAUUUCUCUCCAACUAAGCCUUACAAACCAAAGAUGUAAACAGAAACUUGGACUGGCUGGUAUACUGAGUUUGGAGGUCCAGUUCCUUGACCUGCUGAAGACUUGGCAUUUUUAGUGGCAAGGUUUAUACAGAAAGGGGGAUCAUUUGUCAAUUAUUACACGUCGUGAGUUCUUAUCUUCGUGGGUCAGCCAUGUAGCUCGUGAGUGUUGGCUCCAAAAGAUUUCUUCCUGUUGGAGAACCUCUUGCAGCACGCAUUCUGUUUUCCUGGUCUCCAGAAUAAUGGUAAUCGCUCGAAUGAUGUGUACCUUUGUCUUUCCAAUAUCAUCACCGCCCUCAUUUCAGGCAUAGCAGCAAGCGCUUCAAGUUUCAACGUAACUUACUACAGUGCAAACAUAUAUAAACGUAAGUCCUCCCUCAAAAUUCCCCAACGAAGGGAAGUGGAGACCCUGACUUUCAAAGGUAUAAUUAGUUGAUGAGUGAAUUAUUACUUUAAGAAGCUGAAAUUCUUGGUGAACGGAAAGCAGUACGAACCUGUAAGAUUAGAUUCAAUUAUGUGAUUUUUGAAUUUGCAUUCAAAAUCUGCGA